UGCUUAAUUAGAGAGAUAAGUAAGGCUUGGGAGAGUGUGUGCGUACGUGUGUGGCCAUGGCGAUCGUCACCAAGGCGUGGUGUGUGGUGGUGGUGGUGGUGGCUGCGGUUGUGGCGGCGGCUGACCAGCUCCGGGUUGAUUACUACAGCGAGACGUGCCCCGACGUGGAGGCGGUGGUGCGGGAGGAGAUGGAGAAGAUCAUCGGCGCCGCCCCCAGCCUCGCCGGCCCGCUCCUCCGCCUUCAUUUCCACGACUGCUUCGUCAGGGGAUGCGACGCGUCCGUGCUGCUGAGCUCGAGCGGCGGCAACGUGGCGGAGCGCGACGCGAAGCCGAACAAGAGCCUGCGAGGGUUCGGGUCCGUGGAGCGGGUGAAGGCGAGGGUGGAGGCGGCCUGCCCGGGCACCGUGUCCUGCGCCGACGUGCUGACGCUCAUGGCGCGCGACGCCGUCGUGCUGGCCAGGGGCCCCACGUGGCCGGUCGCCCUCGGGAGGAGGGACGGCAGGGUGUCCAGCGCCGACGAGGCCUCCGCGCACCUCCCCCCGGCGGACGGCGGCGUCCAGGCGCUCGCCACGAUCUUCGCCUCCAACGGCCUCGACCUCAAGGACCUCGCCGUGCUCUCCGGCGCGCACACCCUCGGCACGGCGCACUGCCCGUCCUACGCCGCCAGGCUCUACAACUUCACCGGCAAGAACGACGCCGACCCGUCCCUGGACAGCGAGUACGCCGACAAGCUGAGGAGCCGAUGCAAGAGCGCCGCCGACGGCGCCGGCAUGAUCUCCGAGAUGGACCCCGGCAGCUACAAGACGUUCGACACCAGCUACUACCGCCACGUCGCCAAGCGGAGGGGGCUCUUCUACUCCGACGCCGCGCUCCUCUCCGACGCCACCACCAGGGAGUACGUGCAGCGCAUCGCCACCGGCAAGUUCGACGGCGAGUUCUUCGCCGACUUCGCCGUGUCCAUGGCCAAGAUGGGCAACGUCGGCGUGCUCACCGGAGACGAGGGAGAGAUCAGGAAGAAGUGCUACGUCAUCAACUAGAUUAAUUAAUUAAUUAUAGCUUGCUAUAAGGCUUAAUCAUGUUUGUACUCCUAGAUUGCACGAGAUGCAUGCAUACUGCAUACAUGUGCAGCUGUUGUCAAUUCACCAUUGUAUUAUGUUACUUGCUUCCUUGAUCCAUUAACGUUCUCUUUUUCUUGAGGAAAAAAAAAAGAAGAAAGACUUUCAUGGUGAAAUGUCAAAAGGGAGACACGAU